AACUUGCCAACUACAAUGCAUAGCAAUUUGAGCUGAUCAAUCAGCUAAACUGUCAAUUAGUUUGGUCACAGAAAUUGUGACCCGUAAUUUGAGAAUUUGCACAUUUAUAAAUUUUGCUCAGGAAAUUUUCUCUACGUGCUAAGUUGGGAUUAUAAAAUGUGGAGGUUAAAAGUUGGAGAAGGUGCAAACGACCCUUAUUUAUACAGCACUAAUAACUUUGUUGGGCGACAAACUUGGGAGUUUGAUCCAAACUAUGGCACCCCUGAGGAGAGGGAGGAGGUAGAGGAUGCACGUCGUAACUUCUACAACAAUCGAUUUAAAGUUAAACCUUGUGGUGAUCUCAUAUGGCGUCUUCAGUUCCUAAGGGAGAAAAACUUCAAGCAAACAAUACCUCAAGUGAAGGUGGAAGAAGGGGAGGAGAUCACAUACGAAACUGCUACGACAACACUAAAAAGAGCAGUGAAUGUAUUCACAGCCCUGCAGUCUGACCAAGGCCAUUGGCCUGCUGAAAUUGCUGGCCCUCAAUUUUUCCUCCCUCCCUUGGUUUUCUGCUUAUACAUUACAGGGGAUCUAAAUUCUGUUUUCGGGCCAGAGCAUCGCAGAGAGAUUCUUCGUAGUAUCUAUUAUCAUCAGAAUGAAGAUGGAGGUUGGGGAUUGCACAUUGAAGGACACAGUACCAUGUUUUGCACUGCACUCAACUACAUUUGUUUGCGAAUGCUUGGAAUCGGACCUGAUGAGGGCGAUGACAACGCUUGUCCUAGGGCUCGUAAAUGGAUCCUUGACCAUGGUAGCGUUACCCAUAUGGCUUCUUGGGGAAAAACUUGGCUAUCUAUACUCGGCUUGUUUGAUUGGUCUGGAAGUAAUCCAAUGCCGAUCCUUCCGCCUUUUCUCCCUAUGUAUCCUGCGAAAAUGUGGUGUUAUUGUCGAAUGGUAUAUAUGCCAAUGUCAUAUUUAUAUGGGAAGAGAUUCAUAGGUCCAAUUACACCUCUCAUUAAACAACUUAGAGAAGAACUCUACAACGAACCCUUUGAGCAAAUUAGUUGGAAGAAAAUGCGCCAUUUGUGUGCACCGGAGGAUCUCUACUACCCUCAUCCAUUGAUUCAAGAUUUAAUGUGGGACGCUCUUUACAUCUUUAUGGAGCCACUCCUUACUCGUUGGCCUUUCAACACGUUGAUUCGAAAGAAAGCACUAGAGGUUACAAUGGAACACAUUCAUUACGAAGAUGAGAACAGUCGUUACAUAACCAUGGGAUGUGUUGAGAAGGUUUUAUGUAUGUUAGCAUGUUGGGUUGAAGAUCCUAAAGGGGAUCAUUACAAGAAACACCUUGCUAGAGUCCAGGAUUACAUUUGGAUUGCUGAAGAUGGAUUAAAAAUGCAGAGUUUUGGAAGUCAAGAAUGGGAUUGUGGGUUUUCCGUCCAAGCAUUGCUAGCUUCAAAUCUUAGCCUCGACGAAAUCGGACCUGCUCUUAAGAAAAGCCACUUCUUUAUUAAAGAGACAGAGGUUAAGGACAAUCCGUCGGGAGACUUCAAAGCUAUGCACCGCCAUAUCUCGAAGGGAUCAUGGACUUUCUCUGACCAAGAUCACGGUUGGCAAGUCUCUGAUUGUACCGCCGAAGGCCUAAAAUGUUGUCUAAUGUUAUCAACAAUGCCCCCGGAAAUUGUUGGAGAAAAGAUGGACCCUGAGCGAUUAUAUGAUUCCGUCAAUCUCUUGCUUUCUCUACAGAGUAAAAAUGGCGGGGUAGCUGCUUGGGAACCUGCAGGGGCUCAAGAAUGGUUGGAGGUUCUGAACCCGACAGAAUUUUUUGAAGGCAUUGUCAUUGAGUAUGAGUGAGUAUUAUUCGUAAUAUAACAUUUUACUUGGUGUUAACAAUUUCUGAAUUAUUAUUAUGGUUUUUAAUCAAUAACAUAA